AUGCAAAAACUUCCAGGAGUUUUCUGUCUACUUCUUCUAUCGGCUUUCUUAGCCAUAGCCACCUCUACCUCAAACAUCGUCACCACCCGACUGGGAUAUUCUGGCGACCUUCCGUUCACGCUUGAAACUGGUGAAUAUAUUGGUGUAGGGGAGAACGAGACAGCGCAGCUUUUCUACUAUUUUGUUGAAUCUCAGAGGAAUUCUGCGCUUGACCCUGUCCUGAUUUGGAGACCUCCAGGUUUAGGCUGCUCGGGUUUUGAGGCAUUAGAAACGGGUUUUGAGGCGGGCCCUUUAACUUUCAAACUUGGAGAUUACAAUGGAAGCCUACCAACACUUCAUGAUAACCCAUGGGCAUGGACGCAGGGCAUCAACAUCAUAUAUUUGGAUGCACCCGUUGGUGCUGGGUUCUCUUAUUCAAAAAGCUAUGACGGCUAUAUCAUGGAUGACUAUAAAUAUGUGGCACAAGUCUACGAAUUUCUUCAAAAGUGGCUAAGUGAACAUCCUCAGUUUUUGAAAAAUCAACUCUAUAUCGGUGGAGAGUCAUAUGGUGGCAUGCCUGUUCCGAUGAUUGCGCAACAAAUAGUGAUAGGUAACGAAGCAGGGAGUGUGCCAAUGAUUAAUCUAAAGGGCUAUGUGAUUGGGGGUGCAGUGACAGAUUCAUUCACUGACACCAAUGCAAAAAUCCCAUAUGCCCAUAGGCUGACUCUCAUAUCAGAUCAACUCUAUGAGUCAGCAAAAACGAGUUGCAACGGCAAUUAUGUGAAUGUAGAUUCGGACAAUUAUCAAUGCUCCUCAGACCUUGAUGCUAUCGACAAGGUUAGCAAAAAUAGGCAGGAAUAA